AUGCGAUUCAACUUUGCAGCUGUGACGGAUUUGGAUGAACUAAGUAGGGUGGAAUGGGAAAAGAAGCCGACUUUUCGUUCUGUCUUGGUACCAGGAACGCUUACAGCUACGCAAGGGCGUUAUCACAUCAAAUUCGAAAACGCUCGCGAAUUACUUACGCUCCACAACGAAGCUGGCCGGGGUGCCGAAUUUUCGGAACUGACGGUUUACAAUGAUCGUCUCCUUACCUUCGACGAUCGUACGGGCGAUGUGUUUGAGUUACUCAAUAACGCAGAGGCUACCAAGUCGUUCGUCGUUCCCCGAUUCGUUAUUACUGAAGGCAACGGAGAUACAGAUAAAGGCAUGAAGUGGGAAUGGUCUACUGUGAAGAACGGCGAACUGUACAUGGGCAGUAUGGGCAAAGAGUAUACGCGACCGGACGGGACGAUUCAAAAUCGCAACAACUUGUGGAUUGGUAUACUCAACGCCGAAGGCGAACUUCGCCGCGAAGAUUGGACGGACCAGUACAACGUCGUCCGCAAGGCUCUUAAGGCCUUGUCGCCAGGAUAUCUCAUCAUCGAGGCUGUUAAUUGGAGUGACCACUUGCAAAAGUGGGUCUUUUUGCCUCGUCGCAUCUCCGAGACAGCCUACGACGAAAAUGAAGACGAACGCAGAGGUGGACGGCAGCUCGUUCUCGUGAGUCCGGAUUUUUCGUCGACUCAGGUUGUCGACAUUAAUUUACAAAAGGAUCCGCUCAAGGGCUUUUCGACCUUUGCAUUCGUGCCCAACACGAAUGACCGCCACGCUUUUGCCAUUCGGUCGGUCGAAGAAGAUUGCGUAGGUGGGUUGGAAACGUGCAAACAACGAUCAUAUUUUAUUGUUUUCGAUGUGCUCAGUGGCGAAACUUUGUCGGAGGAGGUCAAGUAUCCCGAAGAUCUGAAAUUUGAAGGACUUGAGUUCGUCAACAUUUACACAAAACCACCCCCGUUUUCAAAUAUGACAUAA